UUCUCCGUGUUGUAUACUCUUCCUAAGUUCCUAUUUAUUAGACAUCUUUCCUUUUAAUUCGUUUCAAAAAUAACAUUAACUUUGAAAAAAACUUGUCUUUUGUAAAGUGAUUUAUAAGUGUUACUAAUAUCUAUAACUUUUUGUAAAUACAUAUAUUAUGGCGAAGAGAGUAGUAAAUUAAAGAAGGUAAAAUCGUGUGGUUUGGAAGAAGGGUACGUACCCUUGAAGUGAGGGUACGGUUGGUUGUUUUCAGAGGCGGAGCCAAUUUUGAUUUAGAUAGAAAUGAGAAAUUAUAUUAUUUAUAUAUGACAAGGUAAGGCUCUUGAAAAUGUCUUUGGUAGAAAUACAAUGUAAGACUGCAUACGAUAUAUUUUUAUGAUGAAGCUCUUUUCUGAAUAUCGCAUAUAGAAGUAAUUUUAGUGCAUCGAACUGCCUUAUAUAUUUCAAAAAGUUUUAUAUAUAUAUAUAUAUAUAAUAAAAUGAUAUUGAACCUUCUUCGAUUAAUUUAUAUAUUAUUUCUGAACAUCUUGUGUAAAAAUUCUGGAUCCGAUGUUGACGGUUGUGUGCGGGGAAGGAGGGUGGGGUGAACACAUUGGAUAAUACUAAUAAGAGACAAGAUGAUGAAACAGUGCAAAUGCAUAGAGAGAGUGGCGGGGCCGCCAGUGUUGUGAAUAGUAAACUCCCUGUCCCACACCCACACCCACACCCACACCCACACCUGCACCCACACCCCCUCAAUUAGUCCCCUAUUGUUCAUUCACUCUUUCUUCUUCUACUGCUGUAUGUAUGUAUGUAUAAUUUUUCUCUCUCACACUCAAACUUUAUCUAAAUACGAUUUCAUCAUCACUUCAAACUCUCACACAUUCUUCAGUGAAUCACAUCAUCUAUUUCUUUCCCCUUAACGUCUCAUCAACCAUCAUCUAUCUAACUUUGAAGCCCUUCAACCUGUUCUCUCUUCGUUGGAAACCCAAAAAUCCAAAGUAGUAAUCAAGUUACUUGGAUUACUUCACUGUAUCUUUUUCUCAAAGAUUUGUAGAACUAGACCGCUUCUUGCUUUGCUGCUCUUGUUUCUUUGGUUAUUGCUUCAGUAAGACUUUCUUUUUUCGCUUUGACUUGAUUUUAUUUAGACUCAAUUUUGAGUGACUGUGACUAUCUGGAUUAUUCGAGUUAGACAAGCAGAAAAAACAUCUCAUGAUAUCUAGCUAGCUAGAACUAGUAAAAUAGAGGCAAUAAUAUCAUUGCAAGGCCAUCUUCAUCAUAGCUUCUCUCUUAGCUAACUGUCAGAUAAGGAUACAAUUGGGUAUUUAAAAGCAUUAGUCCAAACUGGAUCGCUGCAAUUACAAGUUGGAUGCAAAUUUAAGUCCUUUUCGUAGCACUACAAUCAUCAUCAAUCUUUGUACUCUCGCAUUUUAUGGAUUCAUCAACAUCUAGAGUUGAAGAAUCUGACCCAAAUAUUGGCGGUAGCGAAGGAGGCGGAGGAGAAGGUCCAUCGUCAGCAAGCGCCACCACAGAGGGUGGACGGUCAACAACAUCAUCUGCAGCAGCACCACCAAGCCGGUACGAGUCACAAAAACGUCGUGAUUGGAACACUUUCUUACAGUACUUAAGGAACCACAAACCUCCAUUAACCCUAGCCCGGUGCAGUGGAGCUCACGUGAUCGAGUUCCUUAAGUACCUCGAUCAGUUUGGGAAAACAAAGGUGCACGUGACUGGGUGCCCUUAUUUUGGGCACCCGAAUCCACCUGCACCUUGCGCUUGUCCAUUGAAACAGGCUUGGGGUAGCCUUGAUGCACUAAUUGGAAGGCUAAGAGCUGCUUAUGAAGAAAAUGGGGGAAAGCCCGAAUCAAAUCCAUUUGGUGCUAAAGCUGUUAGAAUAUAUUUAAGGGAAGUUAGAGAAAGUCAAGCAAAAGCAAGAGGAAUUCCCUAUGAAAAGAAGAAACGUAAAAGGUCAAGUACUUCAAAUUUGUCCAGUGGCAGUGCUGGCAGCGGCAGUGUUAUCGCGGUAGAAGGAGGAGGUAGUGGUAGUGGAAAUGGUGCAGGUAAUGCCGGUGGCGGUGGUGAUGACAGUGGUGGCGGAGCUGCUAUUGGUCCGCCACCUACUGCUCCUCCUAAUACAACAGUAUAGUAUAUAGUACUUAUUAUUUGCAAGGAUUCAUUUUCAAUUUUUAAUUUUAGUUAGUAAUAUAAUUGUGAAUUGCGUAAACCUCCUCCUCCUUAUCUGAUGCGAAUUCAAGUUUUAAUGACCA